UGUUACAAAUUUGGUGCACCCAAAAGACUGCUAACAGACCAGGGCACAGAGUUUCGCAAUAAGGUCAACUCUGGCCUGUGUGAGAGGCUGGGCAUCAAGCGAAGCCUGUGCUCACCUUAUCAUCCACAGACCAACGGCCUCGUGGAGAAAUUAAAUGGCACAAUACAGAGGUCCCUGAACAAACUGGUGGCAGAGAACCCCACCCGUUGGGACAAAGUCCUGCCAGCGACUAUGUUCGCGCUUCGGACGAAGAAACAAUUUACCACCAAGUACACGCCAUACUAUCUGAUGUUUGGGAGGGAGGCGCGGUAUCCGUCGGAGAUACCAGCAGAGUAUAAUGUCACAGAAGAUAAAGUCUGCGGCCUGGUGCAGAGGGAGGCAAUGGCAGACGGACUGAGGAAUCAAAAGGUUGUUUUUGAAGACGUUUUACAAAACAUUAAAAUAAGCCAGGAUAGAGUCAGAAAACGAAAAUCACAAAUUGGCCAGGAGGACCAUUUUAAAGUGGGGGAUCGGGUGCUCCAAAAAAAUAUUAAACAGGAGCAGAGAAAAGGGGGCAAGAUGGAGAGCACUAUGUUGGGCCCCUUUACAAUUGUGGAACUAGAGGGCAAAAAAGCUGUGCUGGCCACACAAAAGGGGAAGAGGGUUACUCAAACCAACAUUGAUUCAUUAACUCAUUGUUUCCAGCCAGAGGAGAGGAUCCCAGCUAAACUGAAAAGAGUUUUGGAGCCUUCUCCUCUGGCUGGUCCAUCCAAGACACAGUCACAGGGCAGUAGUGUCAGAAGUUCUUCUUUUGUGGAGAAAUCAUCAAACACCAUCCGGAUAAAGACCAUCAGCUGCGCCGUACUGCUGCUGUCCACCGACUCGUCACACUGGAUGCUGAACCACCGCACCUCGCCAGAUCACGGUCCAGCUGGUCGGUCAAGUUCCCAGACAUCGCCGACACUCUUCUUACCAUUGUAG